AUGCAAGUCCGGAAGGCCAAAUCGGAGAAGUCCUUGGUGCCAGGAUGGAUCAUGGAGAGGAGCAGCCUGCACGCGGAGGUGCAAUCUCUGAAGGAGCAGCUCUUCGAGGAGCGGCGGCUUUCAAACGACAGCCAAAGCUCGGCGCAGCUGGCGCUGGCGGCACUGCAGGAAGAGUUGCAGAUGGACCGCGAGAAGCUGAAGACCAAGCUGACCCUUCAGAGGGCCUACCUGCAGGCCGAGCUGACCACUCAGGACACGCAGAGGGGCAAAGCUGAGCAAGCCCUGGAAGUACUGCGGAAGCGGUGGAUGGACCGGCUCUUCAACCCGCGUUUGAAGCGCAAAGCCUUCCGGGGCUGGGCACGAGCUUUCAGAGAAACUGCGGAGGCGGUGUCCAUGCUUUCACAGGCGCCGCCGGACUCCCCCCGAAGGCUUCGCUUUCUCAUUGAAGAUGCGGAGCGCGACAGCUUCUCUCGGCAGUUCGAGCAGUGGCUGCAGGAGGACGAAGACAGCGACGACCCGCGCACGGAGCAGGAGCAGAUCAUUGAUACGCGGAGCCUCUUGAAGGACCAGGCGAAGGAGGCGAUUUCCACCAUGACAAAGGCCAUGGAGGACGCCAACGCGUCUCGGCAGUCAUUGGAGCGCGAUUGUGGGUGGUAA